UUUUAUUUUUUUUAAAAGGAUGUAGAUUUCAGGUUGUUAUGACAAUAUGAUGGAACAUCUUGUGUAAAUAAAUGUGUUAAAAGGAAAUCUAUUUUUAUAAAAUCGAGUCAGUAUUUUUAUUUUAAUUAAGUAAAGUAGAGAACGACAGAAUAUUUAACUUCCUGUUAGAGUCUCACAAAAUUAGUGGUGAACAAGGGUGUGAAGAAUUUUAAAUUUCAUAUGAAGUACUAAAAAUAAAUAAAUGGAAUCUACUUUUAACAGAGGGCAGCAGAGGUACUGUCACUAUUUAAGCAUUUAAAAAAAUGAUUAAAUAACUAAAAAUCUUAAAAGUUGAAUAGUGUGAAAUUACGUGUUAAGAAAUGCUGUCUUUGAGAACACGAUCCUUCAUGUUCUACAGCGGCAGCAUGCAGCAUUUAUGCAUAAAUGCCUAACUUCCUUUACACCCAAAAAUCUUCUUAGCACGUUCGCUUACAUUGCAUGAAAUAUUACAUCCUCAAAACUCAUUCCAUUAUCAAUUACGCGGUCUGACAUCGAACGUGUGAAACGUGACAAAUAUGAGGUAAUAGUUCCAGAUUUACUUUGAAAAUGGUACUAAUUUUCGCCAACAUAGACGGUACUGAGAUAAACAGCAUGCGUGCCAUUGACUCCAAAUUUAAACUCCUGAAGUUAUCUGAAGAUGUUAGAGACAGCUAAAAAUGUUUUUGGAAAAGCCAGCUGUCUUAGUCAUGAUUCUAAAUGUGUUCCCCCUGCUGUCGUAAGGUCGAAACAUACCUGUCAGUCAGCGCCUCCCAGCGUCAAAAAAAAGCCAGAAUUCGCCAAUUUAGAAUCGUUUUAAAAAUGUUAUUUGAUCUAUGAGGUAGAUUUGAGCAGGUGCUGCUGCAGUCUUCAGUAUUUUGACACCAUGCGGUGCAUAAAAUAGGAUUACAGCUCAGUAGGUAAAAGAACAUGCAUUGCACAGUUGACGAGGCCAAGGGAAUAUGUCUUUUUCCCUAUGGCAAGCAAGAAUAUCCCACUGAAGACAUGGAUGAGGUUUAUCCAGGAAUAUACAUUGGGAAUUCAGCUUCUGCCGCCAAUUUAGCCGAACUCAAAGCCAAGAAUGUUAAAUAUGUUCUAAAUUCUGCAUUUGGAACAGACAGUUCACUGAAAAUGGUGCACGUUCUUUCUGAGAAAGACUAUACUCAAUCUGGAAUAAGUUUUCUUGGAGUUCCGGCUGUAGACCACAUGUCUUAUUCUAUAAGUGAACAUUUUAAUGAAGCUUUGGUGUUCAUAAAAGGAGCCGUAACCACGGAGAGGAGUAUUUUGGUGCACUGUGUAGAAGGAAUAAGUCGUUCAGCAACUUUAGUGUUGGCUUAUUUGGUGAAAGAAGUUGGCAUGAAUCUGCAAGAAGCUAUAAGAAGUGUGCGUCAACGGAGAGAGAUCUUACCUAAUGAUGGAUUCUUGUUGCAGUUGUGUAUUUUAAAUGAAAGUAGAAAUAAAAAGUUAUGAAUAGUUACAGAUA